UGAACAAACAAUGCACUUGAAUAAACUGUCCCGGGACUGUUGUCAUUCUACUAUCCCUUUUUCUUUUUAAAUUUCCAGAUUCUAAUAUUAGCACAGCCUCGCGAUCGAUUUCAAUUAUUUCUGGACAAGACAUGCAAUAUGGCCUGUCAGAAUAAUGAAAUUUCAGACAGUCAACGUCUUCAAAGAUUUUUAGUUUACGGAAGAGAUGACGGAAGAUAUUUUGUCAACGAGAGACAGUCUAACGUUGUGAGAGAUUUCUCCCAACAUUCCAGGAUUAUCGACAGGAUGAUUUCUAAAGGAGAAGGAAGAGAAGUUGUAGACUUGAUAAAAGAAGUAAGCAUAGAUGGCCGUGCACCAAAACAGUGCCAGCUUCUGUAUGCUUUGGCAGUUUGUGCACGUUGUAAUGACCGACCAACAAAAGACGCAGCACUACGAUGUUUAGACGAUAUUUGUCGUACACCAACACAUCUAUUUCAGUUUAUAAAAUUUACGUCUACACAAAGAGAAGGUUCGCGAGGUUGGGGAAGAGCACAGAGGAAAGCUGUUUCUGAGUGGUACAAUCAAGCCGCAUUCCGAAAUAAUCCGAAAAAACUGUUAAGACUGGGUACCAAAUACAAAAAAAGACAUGGAUAUACACAUAGGGAUUUAAUCCGUCUUGCGCAUGUGAAACCAACAACACAUCACAUUAAAUUUGUUAUUCAAUAUAUAGUGAAAGGAAUGAGCAACAGUGUGAAUUCUGAUGAUUCCGAUGGCAUGAUAAUGGAUGCAAAGCAAUAUAUUUAUGCCGUUGAGCAAGCCAAGAAAUGUUCAAACAAUGAUAUACGUCAUUUGGUACCGUUGAUAAAAAGAUACAAACUUACCCGUGAACACAUUCCUACAAAUCUAUUGAAUUUCCCGGAUGUUUGGAGAGCGUUAAUGUACGAAAUGCCAAUGCAUGCCCUUAUACGUAAUUUAGGCAGAAUUUCGAAACACGCAUUGCUACAUCCUGAUUCGCCCGAGGAGCAACAUAUACUAGACAAUCUACUAGAUGAAGAAAAAUUGCGUUCCGCAAGGAUUCACCCUUUGACGAUUUUGACUGCUUGGAAUUCAUACAAACUGGGAAGAUCAAUCCGGAAUGAGAGUCCAAUGCAGUGGAAUGUGAAUGAAACAGUUGCUGAUGCCCUGGAGACUGCAUUUUAUAAAUCGUUUUCUUCUUGUGUUGCCACGGGCAAGAAAGUUCUUAUAGCUAUUGACGGUAGCGAAGAAAUGAUGAACCCAGUAGUUGAUCUUCAAGAAGUAUCUGCGCGAAGCGCAGCCGUUUCAGUUGCACUACUGAUGUCAAAGGUCGAGAGUUGGACGGAAUUUGUCCUCGUUUCUGAUAGCGUUUCACCGGUUGACGUCCUUCCUAACGAUAACCUUGAAACAGCGUCAUUUAAAUUUUCGACAUCAGAAUGCGCUUGUUUAAGUGAUGACGCGUCUAACCCAAUUACAUGGGCGAUGUCAAAUUCAAAGCAGUACGAUGCAAUUGUUUACUUCACUGCGUGUACUUCGAAUGGCGGAAAUAACGCGAAGGAAGCGAUGACACAGUAUCGGAGUCGCCUAGGACUUCCCAGUACACGUCUUGUAGUGGUUGCCAUGACCAGUAAUAACAAUACUAUAACAGACCCUAAUGAUAUUCACAUGCUAAAUGUUGUGGGGUUCGAUACCAAGGCAAUGAAAGUCAUCACAGAAUUCAUAAGAUGACAGGGGAUUGUGUAGAUAAAUUGCUGACUCAACUACCUCAGAAGUAUAAAGGAAUUAUAAAUUAUUUAAUUAAAUUUAAUAAAGGGUUAAUGCCACUUCUUUGAA